GUCCUGAUAGUCACUCCUGCAGAAUGAAGUCCCUUCUCCUCAUCUUAGUGGCGGCCACGGUGCUCGGGGUGGUGAUGUCUCUUCCCUUCCGGCGAGAAAAACUGGAGCAACUCAUCCCUCUUGCCCGCAAUCUGGGGGCGACGAAGUUCGCCCACUUCGUCCAUGAAGCCAACCUGAUAGCGAACUUCACAAGGAAGGCCGGGAACUUCACCCUGUUCGUGCCGGACAACGCGGCCUUCGAGGGUCUGCCUGAAAACAUCGCACGCAACAAGACUCUGCUGGCACAGCUCGUCCUCUUCCACUCAGUCAGCGGAACCUACAACAGAUCCGAGUUGAUCCGGAACAAGAACCUAACGACGCUGUCGGGGGGAUUCCUCUACUUUAACGAGACUAAGAAAAAGGUAGUGCUUGUAAACAACGUCACUAUCACUGGAUUCAACAAGCGAGCCUCGAACGGGUUCAUCUUCUUUGUAAGCAAGGUCAUACUGGAGGGAUCAGGACUGGUGAACAAAACUAACAACAAGAAGUCUGGACAAGUCCGCCGUCAAGCAUAUGUCUUGUGUCGUAAUGGCACAUGGGGUGUCAACUGUACUCUCCAUGGCAACGGUACACAUGGAAACGACACACAUGGAAACGGCACAUUAUGCGACAACGGGUUCUGGGGUGUCAACUGUACUCUCCAUGGUAACGGUACCCACGGCAAUGGUACCCAAGGCAACGGCACAUUAUGCGGCAAAGGGUUCUGGGGUGUCAACUGUACUCUCCAUGUAAAUGGUACGAAUGGCAACAGUACCCAUGGAAACGGCACAUUAUGCGGCAACGGGUUCUGGGGUAUCAACUGUACUCUCCAUGGCAACGGUACCCACGGCAAUGGUACCAAUGGCAACGGCACAUUAUGCGGCAACGGGUUCUGGGGUGUCAACUGUGCCCUCCAUGUAAACGGUACCCAAGGCAACGGCACAUUAUGCGGCAAAGGGUUCUGGGGUGUCAACUGUACUCUCCAUGUAAACGGUACCAAUGGCAACAGUACCAAUGGAAACGGCACAUUCUGCGGCAAAGGGUUCUGGGGUGUCAACUGUACUCUCCAUGUAAAUGGUACCAAUGGCAACAGUACCAAUGGAAACGGCACAUUAUGCGGCAACGGGUUCUCGGGUAACAACUGUACUCUCCAUGGCAACGGUACCCACGGCAAUGGUACCCAAGGCAACGGCACAUUAUGCGGCAACGGGUUCUGGGGUGUCAACUGUACUCUCCAUGUAAACGGUACGCAUGGUAAUGGCACACAUGGAAACGGCACAUUAUGCGGCAACGGGUUCUUUGGUGUCAACUGUACUCUCCAUGUAAACGGUACGCAUGGCAAUGGUACCCAUGGAAACGGCACAUUAUGCGGCAAAGGGUUCUGGGGUGUCAACUGUACUCUCAAUGUAAACGGUACGCAUGGCAAUGGCACACAUGGAAACGGCACAUUAUGCGGCAACGGGUUCUUGGGUAUCAACUGUACUCUCCAUGGCAACAGUACCCAUGGCAAUCGUACACAAGGCAACGGCACAUUAUGCGGAAACGGGUUCUGGGGUGUCAACUGUAGUCUCCACGGCAACGGUACCCAUGGCAAUGGUACCCAAGGCAACGGCACAUUAUGCGGAAACGGGUUCUUGGGUAUCAACUGUACUCUCCAUGGCAACGGUACCCAUGGCAAUCGUACACAAGGCAACGGCACAUUAUGCGGCAACGGGUUCUGGGGUGUCAACUGUAGUCUCCACGGCAACGGUACCCAUGGCAAUCGUACCCAAGGCAACGGCACAUUAUGCGGAAACGGGUUCUGGGGUGUCAACUGUACUUUCCAUGGCAACGGUACCUAUGGCUAUGGUACCCAUGGCAAUGAUACCCAAGGCAAUGGCACAUUAUGCGGCAAAGGGUUCCGGGGUGUCAACUGUACUCUCCAUGUAAACAGUACGCAUGGCAAUGGUACCAAUGGCAACGGCACAUUAUGCGGCAACGGGUUCUGGGGUGUCAACUGUAGUCUCCACGGCAACGGUACACAUGGCAAUGAUACCCAAGGCAACGGCACAUUAUGCGGCAACGGGUUCUGGGGUGUCAACUGUACUCUCCAUGUAAACGGUACGCAUGGCAAUGGUACCCAUGGAAACGGCACCUUAUGCGGCAAAUGGUUCUGGGGUGUCAACUGUAGUCUCCACGGCAACGGUACACAUGGCAAUGGUACCCAAGGCAACGGCACAUUAUGCGGCAACGGGUUCUGGGGUGUCAACUGUACUCUCAAUGUAAACGGUACGCAUGGCAAUGGUACCCAUGGAAACGGCACAUUUUGCGGCAACGGGUUCUUGGGUAUCAACUGUACUCUCCAUGGCAACGGUACCCAUGGCAAUCGUACACAAGGCAACGGCACAUUAUGCGGCAACGGGUUCUGGGGUGUCAACUGUACUCUCCAUGGCAACGGUACCCACGGCAAUGGUACCCAAGGCAACGGUACAUUAUGCGGCAAAGGGUUCUGGGGUGUCAACUGUACUCUCCAUGUAAACGGUACGCAUGGCAAUGGUACCCAUGGAAACGGCACAUUAUGCGACAAAGGGUUCUGGGGUAUCAACUGUACUCUCCAUGUAAACGGUACCCAUGGCAAUGGUAAAUACGGCAACGGCACAUUAUGUGGCAAAGGGUUCUGGGGUGUCAACUGUACCCUCCAUGUAAACGGUACCCAUGGCAACGGCACAUUAUGUGGCAAAGGGUUCUGGGGUGUCAACUGUUCUCUCCAUGUAAACGGUACCCAUGGCAACGGCACAUUAUGUGGCAAAGGGUUCUGGGGUGUCAACUGUUCUCUCCAUGUAAACGGUACCCAUGGCAAUGGUACCAAUGGCAACGGCACAUUAUGCGACAACGGGUUCUGGGGUGUCAAUUGUACUCAACAUGGAAACGGUACCCAUGGCAACGGUACCCAUCCGAACGGCAUAUUGUGCCCAAACGGGACCUUGGGUAUCAACUGCAAUCGCCUUGGAAACGGUACCCAUGGCAACGGUACCCAUGGCAACAUGACGCAUGGCAGCAUCACUCAUAUUCUAAGCAAGGGCUAUGAUCAGUACAGUACCUUGAUUGCUGACUUGAUGAAAUCUGGUGUCUGGAGCGAGCUCGAGAGGCCUCAAGUGACCCUCCUCGCGCCAACCAAUGCAGCGUUCAGCAAGCUCCCGACAGCCUACAGAAACAACCUGGACAAUGACGCCAAAUUCCUGGAGAGUACCAUGAUGUACCACGUCCUGGACGGAAUCCACGCCCCCGCCUCUCUGCACCAGAACGACAUGCUCACCUCCCUAGAGGGACAUCGUAUCCACGUCUCCAUGCAGAACGGUUACGUUCAGCAGUUCAACCAGGCCAGCAUCAUGAACGAGAUUCACGCCACCAACGGCAUCAUCUACGUCCUGGACGUCGUCCUUCACUUGCCAAGCAACCCUAUUGUGUGAUGGAGAUGUAGAGGUACCCCUGUACACGUGAUGCAAUACUACUUGAUGUAGAAUAUUGCAAUAAAAUGUUACUGCAUCGGC